AUGAAGACUCUCACUAAUUUACUGGUCGCUUCUUGGGUCUUUGCUUCUUACACUUUUGCCGCUUCAGUCAAUUUGCUCAAAAGAGAAGACACCCUCAAUGUUCAGCUGACUACUGUGGGGAACUCGGUGGUCAAGGUGGUAGUUACCAACACUGGUGACACCAAUUUGAAUAUUCUUAGCACUGGCACCCUUCUGGAUGAUACGUUGCCCGUUGAGCGGGUCACCUUGUACUCUGACAGUGGCUCUAGGAGGGUGCCAUUUGAAGGUAUCACGAUUCAACUUUAUCCAAGCGCCCUAUCCGCCGAUGAUUUCCUCAUCCUAGAAGCUGGGGGCAAGAAAGAGUUAACAAUUGAGACUGGUGCCCUCCACGAUCUCAGCAACGGCGGAACUUUCGACGUAUUGGCGAAUGGCGUAUUACCAUAUGCGAACGAAAACUCAACCCAGCUUGCAGGCGCCUUGAGGUACGACUCAAAUAGACUCAGCAUCUUCGUUGAUGGCACUGAAGCUGCUGCUGCUCGCAAGUCACUGGCUAAACGUACCAUCAUCGACUCAGGCUGCACUGGUGAUCGCCUCAACAUUCUGAGGACCGCACUAUCGAAUUGCCAAAAGCUGGCGUCCGGUGCCGCAACAGCCGCUGCAGCCGGAGGUAGCAGACUUGAAACUUUCUUCAAGUCUUCAUCAACAAGCGUCAGGAACCAGGUAUCUGCUCGGAUGCGCGCAGUAGCACAGGACUGUGGCACUACAUCACCAGGCACCACAUCAUACUGUACUGACCAGUACGGCUAUUGCGAUGGAGGCAAUAUAGUUGCGUACACUUUGCCGACCCUGAACACUAUCACGUACUGUCCAAUAUUCUUCACCGCAACUAGGCCAGUUACGACCGGAUGUAAAUCUUUCGAUCAGGGUACUACGAUCUUGCAUGAAACGACGCAUGCUUCGAGCGUUUACAGCCCUAGCACGCAAGAUUUAGCAUAUGGAUACGAUGCUUCGGUCAAACUUUCGACUGAGCAGGCGCUAAACAAUGCGGAUUCGUAUACGCUAUUCGCAAACUUUGUUCGUCUGAACUGCGCAUAA